ACAGCACCGCACCAACUUGCCGAAACCCGCUGCGAACCAACCUCCGCAACCGAAAGAAGCUCUGAGCAAAAUCAAACCGGAACACCAAGAAUCGAAAAACCGCAAUCAUGGGUGUCCCGUUCGAAUCCCUCCUCCCGUAUGCGAUCAUAAUUACCAUGUUCGGUCUCUCUGGUGGUGCUGUGUCCGGACUCCGCUAUUUGCAGGCCGACAAGCACAGAGGAAGGCACGGCCUCGAUACGUGGGAUAUUGUUUUGUCAGUGAUGGAGCGUGAUCGCCGCCUUACCGGUUCGAUGUACGGCCAGAGGGACGCAGUCGUAGCCCCCCGCAACUUUGCUGUGAACUCUGCCUGGAGGCUUGAGAAGAGAGCCACGUAAAUCGCCAUGGAGUGAGCGGAGAUGCAACGUUUCGAUAGACGCUGUUUUACUAGUACCUCAGAACUUGCAAGCGAUUGGCCGUCAUAUUAUAUACUGAACCUACUGUUUGGCGUUAUGUUCUUAUGCCGAGACCUUCUUCACGAUACCUUGUGCAGUUAGUAAUGUUACCAUGCCAUCGUGGAAUUGCCGAA